UGGCUGAGGGUUUCAUCAGAGUGCCUUCAGAGGUCAGAUCAUAGCAGGGCUUCCGUAUUGUCUCAGGCUCCACUGGAAAUGCAGCAAGGAUUCCUAGCACAUCCCAGUUGCCAUAGCAACAGCAGUCUUUCCCAUAAUGAGCUGCAUCAUCUGAACUGAUGUCACAGCAUCAUGCAGCAGGUCAAACAAGGCAUCUCCUAGUAUUGCAUCCUACAGAUGUGCUGUAAACAUCAAAAGAAGGCGGUGGGAGCAGGAGAUGCUGUUUUGGAAAGAAGUAAGGCUUAGACUUCUCCAUGUUAACCAUGAGCGUGACACUUUCCCCUCUGAGGUCACAGGACCUGGAUCCCAUGGCUACUGAUGCUUCACCCAUGGCCAUCAACUUGACACCCACUGUGGAGCAGGGUGAGGGAGAAGAGGCAAUGAAAGACAUGGAUUCUGACCAGCAGUAUGAAAAGCCACCCCCACUGCAUACAGGGGCCGACUGGAAGAUUGUCCUCCACUUACCUGAAAUUGAGACCUGGCUCCGGAUGACCUCAGAGAGGGUCCGAGACCUAACCUAUUCAGUCCAGCAGGACUCGGACAGCAAGCAUGUGGAUGUGCAUCUAGUUCAACUAAAGGACAUUUGUGAAGAUAUUUCUGAUCAUGUUGAGCAAAUCCAUGCCCUCCUUGAAACGGAGUUCUCCCUGAAGCUGCUAUCCUACUCCGUCAACGUGAUUGUGGACAUCCACGCGGUGCAGCUCCUCUGGCACCAGCUCCGCGUCUCAGUGCUGGUUCUGCGGGAGCGCAUUCUGCAAGGUCUGCAGGACGCCAAUGGCAACUACACCAGACAGACGGACAUUCUGCAAGCUUUCUCUGAAGAGACAAAGGAGGACCGGCUUGAUGCUCUAACAGAAGUGGAUGACUCAGGACAGUUAACUAUCAAAUGCUCUCAGAAUUACUUGUCUCUGGAUUGUGGCAUUACUGCUUUCGAACUGUCUGACUACAGUCCAAGUGAGGAUUUGCUCAGUGGCCUGGGUGAUAUGGCCUCUAGCCAGGUCAAAACCAAACCCUUUGACUCUUGGAGCUACAGUGAAAUGGAAAAGGAGUUCCCUGAGCUUAUCCGAAGUGUUGGGUUACUUACGGUGGCUCCUGAUGCGGUCCCUUCCAACUGCAGCGAAGCAGUUAGUGAGGAGGUGUCUCAGGUGUCUCUUUCAGCAGAUGACAGAGGUGGAUGUGAGGAAAACAGUGCGGCCACAGCGGAGGAGCAGCCAGGCUUAACGCGGGGGCCGUCAUCUUCAGGGGAAGCUCUGACAAAUGCUGGACAACCCUCUCUGGAGACUGUGAAGCAAGCAUCUGAUUCCUCUUCCCAACUUGGGGCAAAGAAUCAACAGCCUCUUCCUUGUGAAAAUGCAACCCCCAAGCGAUCCAUCAGAGAUUGCUUUAAUUAUAACGAGGACUCUCCCACACAGCCCACGUUGCCCAAAAGAGGGCUUUUCCUUAAAGAGGAGACUUUUAAGAAUAAUCUGAAAGGCACUAGUGGAAAGAAGCAGGUGGUUGAUCUCAAGCCUGAGAUGAGCAGGAGCACCCCUUCCCUGGCGGACCCUCGUGACAGAGCUAAACUUUGCCUGGUGUUACAGUCUUCUUACCCCAACGGACCUUCUACUGCCAGCUGCUCAUAUGAGUGUUUGCACAAGGUGGGGGAUGGGAAUCUUGAAAACACAGUCACAAGUCACAUUAAGGAGAUCUCCUCCAGCCUGGGGAGGCUGAAUGACCAUAAAGAGAAACUUCAACUUAAAAAGCCUCACAAGACCGUAGAAGAGGUGCCUUCAUGCCAGACACCUAAACGGGACCCCAGUUCAGGCAAGCAAGCCAAAACCACUAAGGGCUCAGUAGUGCCGAAUGGAAUUCCUUCUAGCACUUCCAAGGCCAUAGAGGGGCCAGAAACAGAUUCUGCUUCCAUGUCCUCACUUGAGCCAUAUAACCAGAGUAGUUGGAAUGCGAAAUUGCCAGUGCAGUCAGAAACAUCCAGUUCACCACCUUUUAGUCAAAGCAGUGAGUCCUCUGCUGGCUCAGACAACGUCAUGUCUCCGGUACCCCUUCUUUCAGAACACAAAAGCAAAAAAAGCUACACCUCCUCCCCAAGUCACGUCACCAGGAACGGUCAGGUUGUGGAGGCCUGGUAUGGCUCUGAUGAGUACCUAGCACUGCCCUCUCACCUUAAGCAGACAGAAGUAUUAGCUUUGAAGUUGGAAAACCUAACAAAGCUUCUGCCUCAGAAACCCAGGGGAGAAACCAUUCAGAAUAUUGAUGACUGGGAACUGUCUGAAAUGAAUUCAGAUUCUGAGAUCUAUCCAACAUACCAUGUCAAGAAGAAGCAUACAAGGCUAGGCAGGGUGUCUCCAAGCUCAUCCAGUGAUAUAGCCUCUUCGCUCGGGGAGAGCAUUGAAUCUGGCCCCCUCAGUGACCUUCCUUCCGACGAGGAGUUGUGCGUGCCUCUCUCUGGCAUGAAAAAAUACAUUGAUGAGAAGUCAGAGAGAGCUUCAUCCUCUGAGAAAAAUGAGAGCCAUUCCACUACAAAGUCUGCUUUAAUUCAGAAACUGAUGCAAGAUAUUCAACACCAAGACAACUAUGAAGCCAUAUGGGAAAAAAUAGAGGGGUUUGUAAACAAGCUGGAUGAAUUUAUUCAAUGGUUAAACGAAGCCAUGGAAACCACUGAGAAUUGGACACCUCCCAAAGCAGAGACGGAUGGCCUUAAAUUGUACCUGGAGACACACUUGAGUUUUAAGUUGAAUGUAGACAGUCAUUGUGCUCUCAAGGAAGCUGUGGAGGAGGAAGGACUCCAACUUCUCGAGCUUAUUGCAUCUCACAAAGCAGAAGGACUUAAGGACAUGCUGCGGAUGAUAGCAAGUCAAUGGAAGGAGCUGCAGAGGCAAAUCAAACGGCAACACAGCUGGAUUCUCAGGGCUCUGGAUACCAUCAAAGCUGCGAUUCUGGCUACUGAUGUGUCUGUGGAGGGUGAGGAAGGGACGGGAAGCCCCAAGGCUGAGGUUCAACUAUGCUACCUGGAAGCACAAAGAGAUGCUGUUGAGCAGAUGUCCCUCAAGCUGUACAGCGAGCAGUAUACCAGCAGCAGCAAGAGGAAAGAAGAGUUUGCUGAUAUGUCAAAAGUUCAUUCAGUAGGAGGCAAUGGGCUUCUGGACUUUGAUUCAGAAUAUCAGGAGCUCUGGGAUUGGCUGAUUGACAUGGAGUCCCUCGUGAUGGACAGUCACGACCUGAUGAUGUCAGAGGAGCAGCAGCAGCAUCUUUACAAGCGAUACAGUGUGGAAAUGUCCAUCAGGGACCUGAAAAAGACGGAGCUGCUUAGUAAGGUUGAAGCUUUGAAGAAAGGUGGCGUUUUACUACCAAAUGAUCUCCUUGAAAAAGUGGAUUCAAUUAAUGAAAAAUGGGAACUGCUUGGGAAAACCCUAGGAGAGAAGAUCCAGGACACAAUGGCAGGGCACAGUGGGUCGGGUGCACGUGACCUGCUCUCUCCUGAAAGCGGAAGCCUGGUAAGGCAGCUGGAGGUCAGGAUCAAAGAACUGAAAGGGUGGCUAAGAGAUACAGAGCUUUUCAUCUUCAAUUCCUGUCUGAGACAAGAAAAGGAAGGAACAAUGAAUGCUGAGAAACAACUGCAAUACUUUAAGUCCCUCUGUUGUGAAAUAAAGCAGCGACGUCGUGGAGUGGCCUCCAUCCUGCGAUUAUGCCAACAUCUUCUGGAUGACCGGGAGACCUGCAAUCUGAACGCGGACCACCAGCCCAUGCAGCUGAUCAUUGUAAAUCUUGAAAGAAGGUGGGAAGCCAUUGUCAUGCAAGCCGUCCAGUGGCAAACUCGGCUACAAAAGAAGAUGGGAAAGGAACCUGAGACUUUGAAUGUGAUUGAUCCUGGCUUGAUGGACCUAAAUGGGACAAGUGAGGAUGCCCUGGAAUGGGAUGAAACUGACAUAAGUAACAAGUUAAUUAGUUUGAAUGAAGAAUCGAAUGACCUUGAUCAAGAAUCCCAACCUGUCUUGCCUUCCUUAAAGCUUGAAGAGACAGGUAGUGAGGACCCUGGUUAUGAAGAAGAGGCAGGUGACCACGGGGCAUCUCAGUGUGCAUCGAGUAUCACUGCCCCGUCCAGUCCACACAUUUACCAAGUAUACAGCCUCCACAAUGUUGAGCUCUAUGAAGACAACCACAUCCCAUUCUUGAAAAACAAUCCGAACUUCACUAGCACAGCACAGUCUAGUGUUUUAACUAAGAGUCUCAGUAAAGACUCUUCAUUUUCAUCUGCCAAAUCUUUGCCAGAUCUUCUAGGGAGUUCCAAUUUGGUGAAGCCCUGCCCAUGCCACGGAGGAGACAUGAGUCAAAAUUCAGGCAGUGAGAGUGGAAUUGUCAGUGAAGGAGACACUGAAACCACUACCAACUCUGAAAUGUGCUUGCACAAUGUGGUGGAUGGGUCCCCAAGUAACCCUGAAACUGAACAUCUGGACCCACAAAUGGGAGAUGCAGUUAACGUGUUAAAGCAAAAGUUUAAAGAUGAGGAGGAACAAGUUAAGCUUCCAAAUAGCUCUCAGUUAUCCAUUUCACUAAAGCAAAAGUUUAAAGAUGAGGAGGAACAAAUUAAGCUUCCAAAUAGCUCUCAGUUAUCCAUUUCACCAGUCGGUUGUGUAAAUGGAAAAGUUGGAGAUUUAAACAGUGUUACCAAACACACCCCUGAUUGUUUGGGAGAAGAAUUACAAGGAAAACAUGAUGUGCUUACAUUUUAUGAUUACUCAUACCUCCAAGGCUCAAAACUCAAAUUACCAAUGAUAAUGAAACAGUCACAGAGUGAAAAAGCACAUGUGGAGGAUCCCCUGCUUCAUGGUUUUUAUUUUGAUAAAAAAUCCUGCAAAUCUAAACAUCAGGCUACAGAGUUACAACCAGAUGCACCUCCCCAUGAAAGGAUUUUGGCAAGUGCAUCUCAUGAAAUGGAUCGCAAUUCAUAUAAAAGUGGUGAUGUAGAGAAGACAUUCAGUGGCAUGCAGAAUGCCAAACAGCUCUCCCUUUUAUCUCAUAGUUCCUCUAUUGAGUCUCUUUCUCCAGGGGGUGAUUUAUUUGCAUUGGGCAUCUUUAAAAAUGGCAGUGACGGCCUCCAGCGAAGCACUUCUUUAGAAAGUUGGUUGACAUCCUAUAAAAGCAAUGAAGAUCUUUUUAGCUGUCACAGCUCUGGGGACAUAAGCGUGAGCAGUGGCUCAGUUGGUGAACUGAGUAAAAGAACAUUAGAUCUCCUGAAUCGUUUGGAGAAUAUCCAGAGCCCUUCGGAGCAAAAGAUAAAGCGAAGUGUUUCCGAUAUCACUCUUCAAAGCUGUUCCCAAAAGAUGUCUUUUCCUGGCCAGCUGUCAUUGGACAUAGCAUCUUCUAUCAAUGAAGACUCGCCAGCAUCUCUUACAGAACUUAGCAGCAGUGAUGAGCUCUCUCUUUGCUCAGAGGAUAUUGUGUUACACAAGAACAAGAUCCCGGAAUCAAAUGCAUCAUUCAGGAAGCGCCUGCCUCGUUCGGUGGCCGAUGAAAGUGAUGUCAACGUCAGCAUGAUCGUGAAUGUCUCUUGCACCUCUGCCUGCACUGAUGAUGAAGAUGACAGUGACCUCCUCUCCAGCUCGACGCUCACCUUGACAGAAGAAGAACUAUGCAUCAAAGAUGAGGAUGACGACUCCAGUAUUGCAACAGAUGAUGAAAUUUAUGAAGAGUGCAACUUGAUGUCAGGGCUGGACUAUAUAAAGAAUGAGCUGCAGACCUGGAUUAGACCGAAGUUUUCCUUGACAAGAGAUAAGAGAAGGUGUAAUCUUAGUGAUGAAAUAAAGGGCAGUAAGGAUGUAAGUAGUAGUGAGAUGAACAAUUCCUCUGACACCCUGAACAUUGAGGCCCUUCUAAAUGGCUCCAUAAAACAUCUCUCCGAAAAUAAUGGAAAUAGUAAGAAUUUACCCCACACCUGUGAGUUAGGGACGAAGGGUGAAAAUAAGAAAAAUAUUUUCAAAGUUAAUAAAGAUCCAUAUGUGGCAGACAUGGAAAAUGGCAAUAUUGAAAGUAUUCCAGAAAGGCAGAAGGACAAACUGAAUGAGAUUUCAAAGGAAUCAGAAAAUCUUGGUCCAACUGGGAAAAGGAUUUCAGAGAGUGAGCAUUGUAAGUGCAAAGCAUUUAUGGAUAGCUCAGAUGAUUCAAAUAUUGCUGGAAAGGAAUUUGUUCCCCAGAUGGUUAGACAUGUUCCAAAGAAAUGUCAAAAUCACCACCAUGUUGAAAAUCAAAGCGCUGCUUCUACUCCCACUGAGAAGUCUUGUCCAGAACUGCCUUCAGAAACCAGUGUUAUCAAUAGACAGGACUCUGAGGUACUGAAAUCUUCAUCCAAUGAUGCACCAAAUAUGGCUGGAAAAUCUGCUGGUUGCUGCCUAGCACUUGAACAAAGCGAAACAGAGGAAAAUGUUUCUAUCAGUGACAACGUUUCCUGUUGCAACUGUGACCCAGAUGUUUUCCAUCAAAAAGAUGCCGAAGAUUGUUCAGUGCACGACUUUGUUAAGGAAAUCAUUGACAUGGCUUCAACAGCCCUAAAAUGUAAAUCUCAACCUGAAAAUGAGGCAGCUGCUCCUACUUCAUUAACUCAAAUCAAGGAGAAGGUGUUGGAACAUUCUCACCGGCCCAUCCAGCUGAGAAAGGGGGACUUUUAUUCAUACUUAUCUCUCUCAUCUCAUGACAGUGAUUGCGGGGAGGUCACCAAUUACAUAGAAGAGAAGAGCAGCACUCCACUGCCACCAGACAUGACUGACUCUGGCUCAGAAGACAAGGAAGACACCGAAUGCUUCUUCGAGGCCUGUGUUGAGGAGGACCCUGAUGAAUACCAGUCCUGUUUCUCCAGCGCUCUUCCAAAUGAACCUGCAGUUCCCAGUGAAGCUCCAGUGCUACUGCAAUCAGCAGCAGGCUCUUCCAAGUUCAGUGAUGCUUCUCUCCUCGUCGAUGAUGCAGACAUGAUGGCUCUUUCAGGUCCUCCCCCUCCAAAAAGAGGUGAUGUAGGAAAGGAAGUGGAUGGUUUACCCCAAGCUUGUAAUGUCUAUGGAGAAAGCUCAGAGUUAACUACUCCUUCAAGGCUGAACGGUGAAAAGGAGAGUUUAGAAAACCCAGGUGAGUCUGGAAGACCAGAAGAACAUGAUGCUUCUUCAGCCCAAUCUAGAGUUCCGGGAUUCUCCUCGAAGGCAAAGCAGCCAAAAGACAUGGCUGCAUUGCAUCCCAACCCCAAAACUUUAACCUGUGAAGAAAAUCUUCUGAACCUUCAUGAAGAACGACAUAGAAAUAUGCAUAGGUAGAAUGUAACCCUCUCCAAGCAUGAAAAUCAUCUCAUUGAAAGGUAAGCCUGGCUGCAACUCAGGGGUGGCCUCAUAUUUCCGCCCUGGGCUGGUCUCUGGUUCCAUCGUGUCACUGCCAUUUGUUACAUUGACCUCUCCCAAGAUGAAUCAUUCUUCCGAAUGCGGUUGUCCACAUGAGCCUUGUGAUCUGGAUGUGUGCACUGGUUCUCUUUAGGUGGUUGUCUUUGAAGUUCAGCAAAGCUGCUUGUUCUCCCAUGGAUUCCUGUCCCAAGCUACCUCUACCGACCCCACCUCUCCAGAGAGACUUUUCAGUUUGCCUUCUCCCCUCCCCAUCUACUCUCUAAAAUUCUGGAGUUCACCAAAUUGAUGGUCCAUUAAAUUCACCUGUCUGGAAUGACCCCCCCCCCCCCGCUGGUACUUGACCAAUUUCACGUUUCAGUCUCAAUUUUUUUUUAUGGUAUGAUGCCUGUGUUCAUGGAAAGAGGUUUACGUAAAAGGCCAACAUUUGAUUUGAUUGCAGCAUAGAGAAGAAACACUGGCCCUUCUUUCAAAAUUAAGCAACUUUUAAAAGCGCCAUUUUAUUUAUUUCCUUUUAAAAACAAUAAUCUAUGCAGCACUUCAGGAAACAACUAUAUGGUGUUGUAUAUUAUAAACUGGUGACAUUCUACUAUUAAAUUAUGUACAACAUUUUUGUUUUUUAUGCUUCUUGAGGUGGCAAUGAGAAAAAAGUUUUUUAAAAAAGUGUGCCUUGCUGUAAUUCUUAUACCAUUUAUUAAAAAGCUGCUUUCAUGGUAAAAUUACGUUGGUUUGAAAGGAGGAAAUAGCAAGGUUAAGAUGUGUGAAUAAUUUCUGUAUAUAUGUAUAACCAAGUACAAACACUGAUGUAUAAUGACAGUAUAAAAUGCUUUCAUUUUUGUGAUGUCUAGUGAUGUGGAAAAUAUAAGCCUUAAAUCCAUUAGAUUGCAUGGUAAUUAAAAUUGGCAUAAUAAACAUAGUUUAUUGGGGGAAAAGGAAAAUUAGUGAUCUCUUCUACCUGUGUUCUUUACCAAAUUAUUGCAUCUGGUUCUGGAAAAAUGUGACAUGUAGCAGCUUCCAAAACACCCAUAUUGUAUAAGAGACUUAAAAUUACAUAAACUACACAUGAUGCUGUCACAAGUUCCAAAAUCUUUCUGGUAACUCUAAAGAUCUUGGAACACAAACGAUUAAAUGCCAGUUCCCCUAAACCAAUAAAAAUUUAUCCUAGAUA